AUGCGCGCAUUCUUCAUGCAGUGUCGACAAGUACAAGGAAACAAACUUUUGUGUCUGCUGCUUGUCAUUACGUCGUGUGUGGUCGUUCAAACUACAUUCGGAGAGAGAUUAAACCCCGUGACCUUGGAUAAAACACACAAUGGACAUGAGACUGUGAGCUCUAUUGAACAUGGAAAAGAAGACACGGACAUGGUGAUAUUGUUGCCAACAGUAGAAGAUUGUAGUCAAUCGACGAUGGAGCAUGAUGAUAGAGGAAUUCGUACAUCAGUUGGCUUAUCUGAUGCAAAGGUUACGACGGAAUCAGAUUUCAAUGUGAACGUCAAGUCUGGAGCUGUGAGUAGUCUGGUGACCUCUGGCUCGACUCGACGCGGUAUUACAGAAAAAUCAAGUGAUGUGAAAAGUAGGAUGGAAAUACAUGGCUCAGAGGUCUUGGGUGGGCCUUAUGACUUGGAUGUAUCGGUUGGUUCUAAGGACGUUGAUCGGUUUGCCAUCAGUUCUUCUAACGUCGAUAUGACGUGGGAUGUACCUGGUGGUGUCCAUGUUGUUGUGCGUUCAGCUGCUAAUUUUGCACCUAUUGGGAACAAUGCACCGGGUUGUACAGAAGAACGUUCUACUAGUACUGGCAGAUCGUCUAUGCUAACGUCAAAUGUAUCAGUUGCUGAUGCUGCUGCAAAAACUCAGUCGUUUAUGAUGUCAAAUACUUUGAUUGAUCUUACGAGAGAAGUGGUAGUGCCCACGAAAGCAUUACCUCUGCCAAACUCUGUUGAGUUGACACCUCACACAAAGUCAAGCGAUGUCGACAAUGUCUUCUCAUCCAUCACAGCAAGCAACAGCUCUGUAAGUAAGGCCGGAGACACUGGUGGGUAUGUGCCGUAUACUUCAACAUACUGUCGGUGCAAAGCAUCAGAGUGUCAGAACGAGCAUCCUGGCGAAUCCAGCGGAUCUACGUGCGAAAGCAAGCUUCUCGAUGGUUCGUGUCCGUUAGGAUACAAAACAUGCGUGUCGACAGACUCGUACAAGGUAUCGACAUCAACUGUUACUCCUUUCAGUAUUGCUGAAGCGACAUUUACGCUUUUGGCCGCCGAUGUCCUUGGCGCGUUCAAGAACUUAGGAGAGGAAAACCCAAUGGCCCGCAAAAGCAAUUGGUGGAUCACUAUUUCGCUCCCUAGUGGUUGGAGAUUCGUUGCAUGGACAAAUACUGCAGUCAAAGUAACAUUACGAAGCGACGAUAUUGAAAAGUGUUUUACAGUGAGUGUGAAGAGCUGUACAAGCAUAACGAGCCGCAAGAAUUGCGACAUGGACGCCCACCGGUACGGCUUCGUCGAUGUCAUGAAGUUACUUGAAGGCCGAGAGGAUUUGAUGGCGUCGAGCUCUGGGGGCCCGAUGACAUUUGUAAUGUCAAAAAGUAUCGUCACAGGUAGCGCUUCUAGUAGCUCUAUGGGUGUGAGUGUAUCACUCUCAUACGAGACUUUGUCUGGAACUCUGAAGUCUGCGGCUACUUCCCGGCGAACGCGGAAGUUGACUGUGACUUCUUCUGACUCAACUACACCAGCUCCAAGCUUGAACGCCCUUACUCUUGCCACAAUGGCAUUGCCGUCUGUCCAGAGAGGUCGACUGGAUUCGUCACUUUUGUGGGUAGACGAGGACACUGAAAUUAUGAUGCUGUCGUUUUCAACGCCUACCAUCGUUGGCCCCAACUCGGCCAACCCAAGAGUUUGUGUUGAUUUGCGCUCAAGAUACUGCGCAAGCAAAGGACGUGAGCCUUCUUCAAGUGUGGAGUUCAAACAAUCUACAACGGCUUCGUACGUUCAAGGUGGAAACCCAUUCUUGAAUUUGUACGCUGAUCCAGGCAGUACAAAUCUGAAUAUUCAGAGCGACAACACUACCUAUUUUUGUGUGACAAACCUUCUUCCGUCGGGUGUCGAACCAAACGAUUCGUGGGAGAUCAGGACGGCGUUUACAUUUCAGAUUCUAGUAACUAAUGUUGCCUGGUCUGAUGAUGUGGACCAGAACGGCGCUUACAGAAAAGGCUUUCUGCUGCCUCCACUCGGCGAGGUUAUUUUGAUGGACGACAACAGUGUGCUAGGAAGCGAUUGUGCGCAAACGCUGGUGCACGUGAAGACAUACUCAAAGUCCGCGCUAAGUGUAUACAGCGUGAUGUCGAUCACUUUCUUUGCUGUCGCUCUGGCUGGUGCUGUUCUCAUUACACGAAUGAAUGGUAUCUCGUUCUCGAAACCCACGUUCUACAAUGACAUGACGUCGCUGUCUGUGAUGAUGGUCUUCGUUCUGCGCAUUAUUGGCAAUGCGAUUUGGAUUCGGGUGUCGACAAAUGCAUCUCCGGCCCCCGGUGCUGAUAUUUACUACUUGUUAUACGUGAUUUCUGUCUGCUUCACGUGUACGAUGAUGACUUCGGUGUGUUUUCACUGGGGUACAGUGCUGUUCCACGACGUGGGCUCGUCUGGAUGCUUUUUCGUGUUCACCUCCUACGUGUUCAUCAAUGUUGUGUUUUACAGCAUCCAGCUUUUUGGCGUCGUGAGCCUGACAGAUUUCUACAAGUGCACAUACGACGACUAUUUGAAGAACCCAUUCUACACCAUGCGACUGUGUUCGAACGAUUAUUGCCCUGAUUUACAACCUAAACAGUGGACGUAUGCCGUGGACAGCGUAUGCAAAGAUGUCAAUUACUCAGACUGGUUCUUCCCUCUCCAUCAGAGUGGUGAGCUGUUAAUUUUUGUCAGCUCUGUGGUGUUGCUUGUACUUGGCACGUUCGUGAUCCAACGCGGGGUGCGGCUAAUCGAUCAAUCUGGCGAUAUCUUCGAUGAUCACGUGGUAAAGGUGAUGAAGAAGUCGUUGAUAACAUACCUCGUGGUGAUCCUUUCGAUCGCGCUUGUGCUUGGAAUAUGUUGCGUCAUGAACUGUAUUCUGCAUUGGAAGAAUUGGAAUAUCAGCGCUGUCGUUUGGUAUAUUUUCUCCAUUUGGCUUCCGACUCUGGUACCCCCAAUCGGCUUCUUGCUACUGCAGUGGAAUCCCAGGCUGCAUGGGAUGAACUGGAACCCAUUGUUACAUGUGAAGGAUCCGCAGACGCUGGGAGAUACGAUGUUAAGUAUUUCUGAUAAGGUCGAAAACGGCAAGCUUGGCGUCUCAGCAAAUGGCACAGGGCUAAGUGAUGGUUGGACUGGCAUUUUACAUUUUCCUGACACAGAGUACAACCCGAGUAGCCUGGACGGUGUGAAUGGGACGCAGAAUGUGCUGGCACUAGCAGUCCAGCUUAUUUCGCCCAUUCCUCUUACGCACGCAUGCUUCAUUGAGCUGUAUGUUGCUGAGAACAACACUAGUGAUGCCGGUGAAAACGAUGUUGCUGGAAACGAUUGCUACGAAGAUCUUUCAGUGUUGAGGUACAAUCGUUCUUCUAUCAGUACAUUUAUCGAAAGUGGAUUGCAGCAAGAAGGAUUCCUUAGCCGUCGUAGCCGUUCACUUUCGCUGCUUGGUAAUGGAGUACUAUCCACACCUCAGCCCGUUUCUAAUCCGGCCGCGAAGUGGUCUCGUAUUGGCUUCACCGAGACAGUUUUACCAACGUUGGUGGCUAGUAACUCUGAAAACGGCGGCGGCGUUGUGACUCAAAUCGCAACUUUUUUGUCGGUACUCCAGAUACCUAUCAUGCCCGCCAAACCGCUUCUUCGUUUUGUAGUAUACGAGAUUCCCGAGAAGGCUGCACCAUCAUCAGACGGUGACGUGCGCGAGUCACGUCAACUGCUGCAUGCAUCUUCGUUACAGCUUGAUGAGCGUGCUCGAGUCGCUCGUGUAUCUGGCAUGGCAGAAGAGGUGACCUUGGUGGCGCGGCAGGUUUCACACCGCUUUCGGUCACCUAUUCCGACAUUGCUUGGUGAUGGAUCUGGUACAGUGUCGCCAAGUAUUGCAGUUGUGACUGGAGGUGCUACCCCUAAGGCAGACCUCUCUAUUCCUUGUUUGCGAAGUUUCCAGUUUGUCGAUGGAGCUGAAAUGGUAAUUGAAGACAUGGUUGAAAGUCCUCUUACGAACGAAUUGCCUCGGCAGUACCUGGAAUUGCUUGCCUCCGACCGUACUGACGAUCUAGCGCGUGCGCAAGCUGAAGCUGUAGACUUUGAAGCAAGAGUAAAGAGUGGACUCGUUGGCAAUCUGUACGAUAAUCUGAUCGAGCAGAUUCAAGGUGAGAACGAUCGGACGGUGGUUCAAACAUGGCUGAAUGAUCGCGUGCAGCAACGCAAGAUGUAUGUCGAGGCACUGCGUGAGAGUCACGAGCUGUAUAUUGAUCGUGCGGAAGAGGGACUUAACUUUAAGGCUAGCACCGAAAAAAAGAGUUUAGUUCUUCGAUUUCUGCCUAUCAAUCUGCACGUGCAAGAUAUGUGGGUCGGUCCAACUGCUGAAUUGCGCUCCCAGCGAUCAAGACGGACGUCAUGUAGCGUUAGGGCAUAUCCAACCAUAACGGUGGGCGCAUUUGCUGCACAUUGCUUCAAGUUCCGUUAUGGUGAAAGCAUUUUGAGUUUGCGAGCGACGUUGCAGAAGCGACCACUACCGCGGGUACAGAGCGACGUGUCGGACAACAGUGUCGUCGGUGUCGUGGACUGGAGUAAUGCAGACAUGCGUUCUCUCGAUGAGACGCGAUGGCAUCUCACGAUGCGGUUUGAUAUGUGCUUUUCACAAGCAUUGACGACUUUAGUGGCAUCCUUUUGCCGUCAGCUGGAGUACUCAUUGCAGCAUCCCACGGACCGCUCAUUUUUGCAUACAAUCGACUCCAUUGGCUUUCUCUUCCAGGUUGAGUCAUUGUUAUCCACGCAUGGCAAGGAAAUUGGAAUGUUAGAGGACUUUUUUGCAGCGGUUAGUGCGCUCAAACACGUCACGUUUGUUCUCGACACGUCGCCACCGACGCACCUUCCUGCAACAUUGCUGAAUCUGCACAUGAAGAACACCAUGCUGCCCAGCGUCGUAUCUGUACGGUUGAGUAAAGGUUCUGCCAAGGGAACAUACACGGUUGCAAUUGGUGUGCGUUGUUUGAACGAUGUGCGCACUUCUAUGCCGUCGACCAUUCGAUCCGGUGGGUCAAUUCCUGUGACGCCAGUAAUUUUUACGCAGGGUAUUAAUGAAAUGCAGACGCUGGCAAACAAUGCCAGCAGCAAGAAGACGACCCUGCAAGAUAUUAUUAAUCGCCAGAGCUUUGGCGUGUUGACGUGCUAUGUCGAGAAGUACAAGCGACUUGCUGCUAAAAGGCCGGAUGCAGUACGAACGCCCAUGUCGACAAUCGAACCGCUUUUGAAGUCGCUUGAAGAGCGGAUUGCUACUGCUAGUAAGCGACAAGUUGUGAAAACAAAGCACCCCAAGAUCAUUCAGGAAAGCUCUCAUUUAUGUCGACUACUUGGUGCUGGGCGUGUAACAUCUUGCAAGAGUGCAAAGGACCGCACAAGCAUGUCUGUGACGCUAGAGCAAGUGCGACUAUUGAGUGAGAAUCAUGGUUUACCAGAGGAAUUUACAGUACGAACAGUGUCUACCAUGCGCAGUAAUGGUGUUCGUUUGGAGAAUGCAUUCAAAAAUACGGGCAAGCGUCAGUAUGCUUUUAACGCGUUGCAACGGUCACUGCUUCCAGACGAAUACAAGUGUCCCGAAGGUACAUAUGGUCGUGGGAAUCUUACAAAAAAUCUGAUUCCAAGCAUGACUAACAAGCGUCAAGUAUUUAAGCACGAAGGUCGUGUUAUCUAUGAAUGGGAGCAAUCACUAGAAGAAGUAAAUAUCUAUAUUCAACCUCCAUCAAAUGUCACAGCCCACCAAAUUCAAUGCAAUAUCACGAGUAAUCACAUUACACUGGGACUUUAUCGUGUCAAGGAUACAUUUCUUAAUCACGAUCUUGCAAGUUCUAUAAUUGUUGCAGAAAGCUAUUGGAUGUUUGACUCGGGGGAAUUGAUUAUUAAUCUCCAGAAAAUGAAAAAGGGUUUGAUUUGGCCUAGUGUCUUUAUUGGACAUGGAGAGUUGAAUCCAAUGGAGCAAGAAACUACAAAGCAGCAAAUGAUGUUGGAACGUUUUCAGGAAGAAAAUCCGGGGCUGGACUUUUCAAACGCUCAGUUUAAUGGUGCAGCACCUGAUCCAAGAACUUUUAUGGGAGGUGUCAAGUAUGCAUGA